UAGUGGACACUCAAGUAUUAAUGAAAGUGUAUGGAUGCUACCACAGUUGUAUGUCAUAUGUGAUUGCUUUCUGGGGUCAUUGUACAGAAACAGAAAGAUUAUUCAUAUUGCAGAAGAGAAUCAGUGGUGCACAGUAGAUUGAACAUUGUAGACCAAUAUUCAAGGAGUUACAAGUAUCAACUUUGACUGCUACUUGCAUCCUGGACCCUGGAGUCUGCAACCUGAAAUAUUCUUAAUAUUGUGCGAGGAACUUUAGCAUUCGUCAGCACAAUACUAGGCAGCAAGGGAACGUGCACAUCAAAAGGCAGAGAACAACACUAGCUAUGUCUAGUACCAAGAACUUCGCUAGCAGGGUGUUCAACAAACUCCCCUUGGAAAUACGAAGGUGCAGGGUUUCUGUGAUCUUCAAGAGAGCAUUAAAGAGUUAUCUUCUUUAGAAAGUAUACUACUCCAUGAAGAAGUUUUAAAAGGACGUCUGACCUCCAGAUGAUCAGAUGAGAAUAAUGACGACCAAGACUACAAGGUUUCUAGUGGGAUUACUACAAGUAUUCAAAUGCAAUAGUUGUUGUGGCUGAAACUUUCAAGGCAGAAAUGCAGUCGACGUACGAACAAUAUUCCCAAGGCAAGAAUAAGCUGUCAAUUAAAGUGGAGUUUAUUGGCAUUCCUGCUGUUGAUGAUUGGGGCACAGCCGACUCUCUUCGUCAUCUCUAUGAGAGCAAUCGAAUAAAGCGAGAUGUGGUGGUUGUGAGCUGUGACCUGAUCACUGACAUCAAUCUCAUCAAUGUGCUCGAUCUUUUUCGCAAACAUAACUCGUCAUUGACUUCAUUAUUCUUCGCUGGUGGAAUUCCAAAAUACACAUCGAUUGCUCCCGGAUCAAAGGAAAAGAAACCAGAAAGAGACUUGAUUGGAAUAGAUCCGGUGACAUCGAGAUUAGUGCUGGUUGCGUCGUCCUCCGACUAUGACAAUGAAUUGCCUCUUUCUCAAGCACUGCUCAGGAAACAUGGCAAAGUGCAAAUACACUCCAAAUUACUUGAUGCCCAUCUCUACAUAAUCAAGCACUGGGUUUGCCAAUAUCUUGCUACCAACAAGUCUAUUUCAACUAUCAAAGGAGAGCUGUUACCUUACAUAGUAAAAAAGCAGAUGGCAUCGAAAGUUGCCAGUGACGGUAAUAAACAAGAAACUGAAAAGAACAUUGAUAGCAGUGAUUUGAAAACAGAUAUCAACAGUCUUUCUAAGGAAGACGAUUGGUUGAAGAAAAUUCGGGACAUGUCAAGCUACAAUGAUCAUACUGGUGAUUGGUUCGCACCUUACCAUGGAGAUCACAUUCGUUGCUACGCACAUAUUGAGAGUGAAGAAUCGUUUGGCGCUCGAGUCAAUACUGUAUCAGCUUACUGUUAUGUCAAUAGAGAGAUGAAAAAGAGAUGGUCAAGUAUCACCAAACAACAACCAGAACAACCGAAUGCAGAAGCAAGUGAUCAGCCUGAUCAGCCAUUGAAGGGCGCUGCCAAAGACUUGGCUGAAACGUGUUUGAUCAGUGACCAAGUUGAAAUCUCUCCCAGAACACAUAUCAUAUCCACAAAUAUUGGCGCCGAUUCAAAAAUUGCUUCGAAAUCAAAAAUAAUCAAUUGCAUUAUCAUGCCUGGAGUCAAAAUUGGAGAGAAAUGUGAUCUGAAAAACUGUAUCAUCUUCGAUGAAGCUUCGGUUGAAGACGAAUGCAGCCUGGCCGACUGUAUCGUUGGCAAGCGAUUUAUUGUUCCAACAAAAGAGAGGCAGAAGAGUAAAGUACUAACUGACAUUGACCAUCUCAUGGAGAUCUAGCUCAUUUUUAAUAUGUAUCGUUAUGUUGUAAUAAAUCAUCUUUGAAAAAUUCA